AUGCGACUCUCCAUGUUGUAUUUCGCUCUGGCGACGUCCUUGUCAGUCCUAGCGUCUAUCUUGCCUUCGAGCAAAGACCGGGUCGUGAACCUGGGUUACGCCAGAUAUCUGGGCAAACAAACAUAUCCCAAUACGAAUGCCUUUCUGGGCAUUCCAUACGCUGAACCACCAGUUGGGCGUAGACGAUUUCGCGCACCUGCUCCUUUGAACACGCAUCGAGUGUCUCUAGAAACUAGGGGCAAUGUCGUGGACGCCACCAAUAACCCGGCACCAUGCAUCCCGGGGCAGCAUCGUUUAGACGACGCAGGCAAUCGUGUGGGGGACGAAGACUGCCUUAAAGUUAACAUAUGGGCCCCCGUUGGGGCCAAAAAAGGAGAUAAUCUCCCUGUCCUCUUCUAUAUUCAUGGCGGAGGAUACAUCGAUGGAACUCCCGCCCAUUGGCCGUUCGAUGAAUGGGUCGAUCGCAAUCCUAACGUAGUCAUUGUAAGCGUGUCAUACCGACUCGCGGUCUUUGGCUUCCUGGCGACGCCGACCUUCGACGAUCCGCUCUAUGGUGAUCUCAACGCUGGGUUCAAAGAUCAGAUCGAAGCCCUUAAUUGGGUCAAGAAGUUCAUCAACAACUUUGGUGGCGACCCGAAUCAAAUCACCAUCAAUGGUCAAAGCGCUGGGGGGAAUUCUGUUAUGCUUCAUCUGGUAUCUCACCAACCAAACAAACACUUCAACCGGGCGAUUGCUCAAAGUACAUGGAGGGCUCCUAUGGCCUUCCCUCAGCAGAUGGAGCCGUUGUUUGACUACAUCGUGACCCACGUUGGAUGCAGAAGGUCGACGAUACUGGCUACGAUGGGUUGCCUUCGGUCCGUGGAUGCGUUCCGACUCCUAGCGGCAUACCAUAGUGUUGCCACCAACCACACUGGUUCUCACCCGAUUAAUACCCAACUGGCACCCGUUUUGGACGGUCAACUUUUUACUGAAUAUCCUACGGAAUCAUUCCUGGCCGGCCGUUUCACCAAAGUCCCGCUUAUCGUUGGAGCCACUACCAAUGACAGCGUUGGUCCGUAUACCAGCCACAGCUCCUUGAGGGGCAACUGGCCACGUCUGACUGACCAGGAUAUCGAGGACAUCUUCGCUCUGUAUCCUGCUGAGGACUUCCAGAGUGAAGAGCACCGCAUCCGAAGAGUCGUCGGUGACUCCCAGUUCAGAUGCAGCCGAGUUCUAAUGGGGUCCGCGUCUUCCAUCCAACCCAAGGCUUGGACGUAUCGGUACGAUCAGACGGAACCUAACUCUCCUUAUAACUCCGGACCCAACUAUGUGGGGCACUCAAGCGAGAAUUAUAUCCUCUUCAAAUCUGCCACGACAAACCCUCGUGGACCUGUGAAGUUCACCCCCGUUGAAACCGCGUUCUCAGAGGAACUCGUGUCCUACUGGCUUUCGUUUGUGCGGACGGGGGACCCCAAUACUCAAAAGUUAGGGCAUUCGCCGACGUGGCCUGCAUAUACUACGGCAGGCAGAGAGCGGAUGGUACUCCGACAAAACCCAAAGAACGAGACGACGCGAAGCGGAAUCUUCGUGGAAACAGAGCCGCAGAAAGAAAGGGAGGUCUGCGAGUACAUCUACACCAACAAAUAUGUCAAUCAGCAGUGUUGA